AUUCUAGAUAAGAUUGUUUGUUGGUUUCACAUCACAGUGCAGAAAAAUGGUGGAGUUUUAUGCGAUAAUUAGGCUUUCAGGCAGUGACAUCAUCCAUUUAGCGAGAACACCUGUUUCAGCCUUAGGAAGUUACGAGGAUGAAAAGUGUAUCAUUACCAGCAACAUUACCAGCAAACCCUGUAUUCUAAGCUUUGAUGACAAAGGCCAAGGAUAUUUAAACAGAAUGGGAGAAGCUGCUGUCAGCAUAAAUGGCCUGGCCCUUGUUAUGGAUAAAUGGCAAGAAGUAAAGCAUGGAGAUAUAAUACAUGUUAUGGGACAGAAGCUGUUUUUCUAUUACCCAAAAAACAGUGAUUUUAACACUCAGACAAACAAAAGAAAUGAACUGGAACUGCCACCGCCCAAUUUCUUUAAGGUUGAUGGACGACCAUCUUUGGUUAAGCAAUCUCUUAUGGAAGUUGCUCUUUCAUAUAACCUUGAAGAGCUUGAAAGUAACAGUGAUGACAGUGAUGACAGUGAUGACAGUGAAGAUAUGGAGCAAUACCCCACAACCCCAAUAUUCUGCCCCAGCUGUAGCAAAUAUUAG